CUCUCUCCUACGAAGAUAUUUUUGUUUCAUUCUCUUCUCCAUCCACAAAACCUUCUCUCAACUCUCUCAAUAUUUUUCUUCAAAUUUCCGAUGCUUUAACAGUGAAAUUAACGUCUGAGAACAGAGAAACACAUCACAAUCUUUGAAAUCACAGUGCGACGGAGACGGAGGGAGCGAUUUUCGAAAAUGGCGUGUGAAGGUGGAGGAUCUAACGUCAGAUCUAGCUACUACAACGUUCUCGGAAUUCGUAAAGAAGCUUCCGUUUCCGAUAUCCGUACUGCGUAUCGUAGGCUAGCCAUGAAAUGGCAUCCGGAUAGAUAUGCUCGGAAUCCUGGAGUUGCCGGCGAAGCUAAACGUCGGUUUCAACAAAUCCAGGAAGCCUAUUCUGUUUUGAAUGAUGAGAAUAAGAGGUCAAUGUACGAUGUUGGAUUAUAUGAUCCUCAUGAAGAUGAUGACGAUGAUUUCUGCGAUUUCAUGCAAGAGAUGAUCUCAAUGAUGAACAAUGUCAAAGACGAGGGAGAGAGCUUGGAAGACUUGCAACGAAUGUUCACGGACAUGGUUGGUGGAGAUGGCGUGAACUUUGACUGUAACAACAAUCCAAAGGCCAGCAAAAGACCACGUGUCAAUGUCUCUAGGACUAGUGCUGCGAUGCGUUAACGCUUACUUCUUCUGUGUAUGUCUGUGUCGUGUUGUAUUAAAAUUUUCAUUACCAU